GUCAAAAGAAACGUCAAAGUUGAGAAUAUAUCAAUUUUUUGCGUGGACUUCUGUGUGAACAUUUCGUGCUGGAUUUCCUCUUGCUUUCUGCGGAUUUACUGGAAAAACGUGCCAAACGACGACUCAACAUGUUUUCAUCGGACUGUGACACGGGGGCCCUCCAUCAGAGCCCCAAUUCAGCGUUGUACAGCAAAGAGAGCACCCCCGUAGAAGUUGAAUAUGCCAGCGAGUCAAUUGGGACGUUUUUCGGUUCGGAAGGAAAUAAACACAAAGAUCUAAUUGAGAUGCUAGAUAGCAAUAAAGUUGGCCUCAAACUUGAGGCAAUGAAGAGAAUUAUAGGGAUGGUGGCCAAAGGUCGUGAUGCAUCGGAUCUUUUUCCGGCUGUUGUGAAGAAUGUCGUAUCAAAGAAUGUUGAACUGAAGAAACUCGUCUAUGUUUAUCUCGAACGCUAUGCUGAGGAGCAGCAGGAUCUUGCUCUACUGUCCAUUUCGACGUUCCAACGCUCCCUCAAGGAUCCCAAUCAACUUAUUCGCGCCAGCGCUCUGCGUGUUCUCUCCAGCAUUCGCGUUCCCAUGAUUGUACCCAUUGUUAUGCUAGCUAUACGUGAUUCAGCAUCCGAUAUGAGCCCCUAUGUGAGGAAGACGGCAGCCCAUGCAAUUCCCAAGCUGUACAGUUUGGAUGCGGAGCAGAAGGAGGAGCUUGUUGGGAUAAUUGAGAAACUCCUCUCAGAUCGGACGACCCUCGUUGUGGGAUCAGCUGUAAUGGCCUUUGAGGAAGUUUGUCCCGAACGGGUGGAUUUAAUUCACAAAAACUACCGGAAGCUCUGCAAUUUGAUUGUGGAUGUCGAUGAAUGGGGGCAGGUGAUCAUUAUAAAUAUGCUGACAAGGUACGCAAGGACACAAUUCACAGAUCCAAAUGCGCAUGAAAAGUUACUCGAUGAGGAGCGCAAGAGGAAGAAGAAACCACCGAAAUUGUCAGAUUCCACCUCCAAUUCAUCCCAGGAGGAAGAUGACGAGGAGGAUGAUGAUGAUUUUGAGUUGAAUCAGGAGACAAAGAGUGUCCUUGAUGCGGAUCAUCGUCUCCUCUUGCGUCAAACGAAGCCACUGCUGCAGAGUCGAAAUGCUUCAGUGGUAAUGGCUGUAGCGCAGCUGUAUCAUCAUGUUGCCCCAAAGGCUGAUGUUCAAAUUGUCGCUAAGGCCCUCGUGCGUCUCCUGAGGAAUCACAGAGAGAUCCAAAGUGUUGUCUUAACGUCCAUUGCGUCAAUGUCUCAAGAUCAGAAGAAUCUCUUUGAUGUGUACAUCAAAUCAUUCUUUGUUCGUACCAAUGAUCCGACGCAUAUUAAACUCCUAAAGGUGCAGAUUCUAACAAAUCUCACAACAGAGACGAAUAUUUCCAUCAUUCUGAGGGAAUUUCAGACGUACAUCAAGAGUAAUGAUCGGGAAUUCGUGAUGGCCACCAUUCAGGCCAUCGGGAGGUGCGCAACGACAAUUAGCCAGGUUACUGAAGUUUGCCUCACGGGGUUGGUACACAUGUUGUCCAGUAAGACGGAAUUUGUUGUGGCUGAGAGUGUUGUGGUGAUCAAGAAGCUCCUCCAGAGUCACUGUGCUAAACAUCGUGAGAUCAUUGUGCAAAUGGCAAAACUUCUUGAUCACAUUACCGUAGCUGCUGCCAGAGCGGCUAUUAUCUGGCUCAUUGGGGAAUACAAUGAGUACGUGAAGAAUAUUGCACCUGAUGUCCUUAGGAAGAUUGCUGAAACAUUCGUGAAUGAGGAAAAUUCCGUCAAACUCCAAAUCCUCACGAUGUCCGUGAAGCUGUAUGCUACUAAUCCCGAGCAGACGCGCCUCCUGACCAAAUAUAUCUUUGAGCUGGCGCGCUAUGAUCAGAAUUACGAUGUACGCGAUCGUGCACGUUUCCUCAAGGCACUCGUGGGAAUUGAUGGGGAACCCAGUGUGCUGAGUAGGAAUCUCCAGAAGAUCUUCUUAUCCCGCAAACCAGCUCCUGUGAUGGAGAAUGGAGCCCAUGAGGGGGCAACGGCUCUCCAAUUGGGAAGUUUGUCGCACUAUCUCAAGCUCAAAGCCACCGGGUAUCGAGAUUUACCGGAAUUCCCGGAAACAGCCCCAGAUUCUUCCGUGAGGAAUGUUCAGACAAAGAUGGAGGUUGUUCUGAGUGCUGACAGAGAUCUCUUGGCGCCGGAAGUCAAUGAGAAUUCGGGGAGAAAGGUAAAAUCGAGAGAUUUCUAUUCGGAUGAAUCCAGCAGUGAUGACGAGGAGGAUGAUGAGGAGGAGGAGGACGAUGACGAGGAUUCCAAGGAGGAGAAAAAUGAUUCAGAUGAGUGGACCGAAGAUGAGUCAUCGAGUGAUGAGACAUCAUCGUCAUCCAGUGAAAGCUCAUCGGGAUCAGGUGAUGAAGGAGAGAAUGAUGAACAAAAUGGUCAAAGUGAACAUCAGGCGGAGAAGAAAAUCUCAACAACUUCAAAUCCCGCAAGUAAUUUGGAUUUACUUUCCGGGUUGGAUAACACCCUGUUUUCAGCUCCAUCCGGAGGGGUUCCAAUACAGCCUCUUGGGGUGCUUCAACCAGCAGCAGCAGCAGCAAUGGCAGUGUCCCUCGGGAAGCACAGCGUCUUACCACCAGUUUACAUCCCAACGGAACAUCAUGAACUUUUGAGCAAAAUUAAUGGCUACGGCCUGGGGAUUGUGUAUCGUUUCACGCGAUUUAAUCAUCUAACAUCCCCCACACAUCUUUCCGUGGAGCUCGUACUGAAAAAUCACAAUACCAUCCAGGACAUUGGGAAUGUGCAAGUGGAGACGCCAAAAUCCCAGCCGAAUGAUGCAAUUCGUGCAUUCCCAGCAAUCCCUCAACUUGCCCCCAAUGCAGCGCUAACAGAGACCCUGGGAGUGGAUUUCAAUGAUUCCACCCAACCCAUUUCCUUCACAAUCCUCAGCAGUCUCGGGCGAUCGCAGGUGUCCAUUGGAGCUCCCGUUGGAGAGCUAAUUCAACCCAUUAAAAUUCCCGAAGAUACCUUUAGAGUGGAACGGAAUAAACUCCGUGGAAUGACAGAGCAUUCAUGCACCCUCACAACAUCUUCCGAGGGGGAUGUCCGCAAAGGGAUUGAAGAGAAAAUCUUCCGGCUUGCAAAUGUGGCAGCAGUUCCGUCGAAUGAGGAGAAAAUCCUCCAAUUUGCUGGGCAAACUCUCAAAUCCAAGAGCCUCCUCCUCAUUACGGUGCUCCUAAAGGAUGCCCAAGAAGUUCAAUUGACUGUGAACUGCGAGAAGAUCGUAAUGGGAUCAAUCUUGCUCAAUGACAUCAAAUCCCGCGGCAUCUAGAAGCGUAAGUUUAUUCCCUUGUUUAUGAUUUUUUUUAAUGAAAAUUCCAGCAUGAAUUUAUAUAAAUGAAAAAGAUAAAAAGUUUCUCAAUAAAAUAUUCUUAUUCAAUUUAUCUAUUACACUAAAA